AUGCAGGAAGAAGAUGAAUGGACCGAUGUGUCCGACGACAUUGCUGGACUUGGUUUGGACGGCCAUGACAAGCCUGACGAUGAGAGCAACAAACCGCUUUCUGAGGAAGAGCUUGCGCUAUUACCCAACAUGCCCGUUCUCUUCAGCAACGAUCUACCACCAUGCGGUCUACUGCCACAACUUGCAUACGAAAACACCGUCCAUCGGCUACGCAAGCUCUGGCUCGAGCGCGCCCACCAAGAAUCCGCGGACAUUCCCCUCCCCAGUCUCUGCCGCCUAGUCCUAGACGACCUCAAAGCCGAAGAAGAAGAGCUCCCAGCCGGCAGUCAAGCCGGAACCAAAAACCGUACUCCUUGGCGACGCGAAACCGUCUUCCAGUACGAACUCCGCUGGGCCAAGUACUUCGUCCGGGAAGCCGAGACCGCGGAGAAGAGAGUCACGAUGACGGAGAAGCAGCUCGAUAAGCAGGACUUCAUGGAUAAAAUGUACCCGAUACCUAAGGAGUUGAAGAUUUAUGUCAACAACAAGAAGAAUCAGAAGAUGGUGUCGGAUAUGUGGAAGGAGUGGCAUCACAAAAAGAGGGGGACUGUGGAGCAGGAGAGUGCGGGGCUGGGUGUUGGGGGUGCGAAAGAGGACGAUACGGAGCCUGCUGGGGAUGAUGGAGAGGAUGGUGAGGAGCAGGAUGGGCAGAGACAGUUUGUUGAUCCGACGGCUUAG